AGUUAUAGACAUCAGACCCCUGUACCAUUUCGAAGUUCUUCCCCUUUAAACAACAAUGAAGUUCGGCACCAAGCCUAUAGCAGUCGGUUUCCAUUGAUUAACAUAUUCCGGCGUGUGAGUAGAUAGAUACUCAAUAGAGUUUUGCACAUUGAAAUUUGUUGGCUUGUAUAAAUGUGUAUUGGCCGGACUGGCCAUUAAAAUCUUUAAAUACCAAACCCUCGGCUAGAGAGUAAUUCAGUUGUUGCUCAAACCCAUUCCAAGCUAUACACGUACCAUCAGUUAGUUAUUCCCAUUUCCAAUUUUAAACAUCAGAUACAAUCAGAAACUGACAAAUUGUUCUUCUUCACAAUGAUUUCCAUUCAAGCUUUUUUGGUUUUCUUCAUGAUCUGCUCUUCAUACGUUAAAAGCCUGCCAUUUACCAUUGAUGUUCUAGAAAACAGGGAUAUAAUAUUCCCAAGGAGGAGUGAUUUGGUCAAAAGAACAGCAAACAAUGAUGCUUCCGAGCUUAAUCAGCACUCUGUUUCACUUGCCUCGUUUAUAGAAAACAUCGAAACAGGAAUAUUGCAAACGGCUUUGAGUGUUGAUCCUUUGGCAACUGAUGUUCAUGCUGAAGUUCAAAACACUUCUACACCUCAUCCACUUGAAAGGAGAUCGACAAAGGAAGAAUCAAGUCCAGCAGUGGAAAGUACUACUUCUUUGGUUCUCCUUCAAACUACAGAAAAUGUCCCAGCUGUUGAUUCGGUUCCAUCACAUGUUGUCAUCGAUCGUGUAAGUGUGUUCAAGGCACCUGAAGUUGGAGCUGGACUUUUUCCAACUUUUCUUGUCCAAGACACGAAUGUGUCCCAAGAAGCCACUGAAUUGAGUCCUGAUGACGAUGAAGAUGGCGAUGCAACAACACUUGCAAACAAAUCAGACUCAUCUGAUGAAUCUGAAGAGUCGACAGAAUCCAAUGAAUCAUCGAAUGAAUCCUCAGAAGAAAAGUCGAAAAAAGUGAAGACUUCUUCAACAACAGUUUCGCCAUCGUCCUCAUCAACAACACCACUCUCAGUUGAGGAGAAGAAAAAUGUCGAAAAAGAACUUAAGGAAAAAGUAGGUGAAGUGGAGGCUGAACCAGUGAUCUUUACAGCUCGAGUCUAAAAAGUUACUCAUACUUUAAUAUAAUGAAAUCUUUACCAAAAUACGUUCCAGUAUUUAACGUUAGCUAUAAUUUUUUUUUCCUUGCUUUAAAUGUAUAUGUGUAAGUUAGAUUUAAAAACUCAAACAAUUAUAAUGUGUACUUUUAUUUAAAUUAUGUGAUUUGUUUUGUACUAUUAUUUUCU